GCAGUGCCCACGCUGUUGCUGGUAAACGUCUGCUCCCUCGACAACAAGAUGGACUACAUCAGUAGUGUAACUGUGGAGAGCUUCUCAACGCCUUCUUUAUAAUAGCCGGAGAUUUCAAUAGUUUCUGACAUACUGUGGAUGUGGCUGACUCUUCUUUACGGUUGCAUCGGUGGAGCAGCUCUUCUGUAUGCUUUGUACAGAUGGGUGAUCCCUGCCGUUGUGCAGUAUCAUGGAGGACUGGCGCUGAUCUGGCACGAUGUCAUCGUGGAACGGAUGCUGGACACACUGACCCAAACCACUCGUCCUCAGCGGAUCCUGAGUGCAGUACAGAAGAACGCCACUAGAGGAGACCCUCGCAGCGUGGUCAAAGCCAUUGAUGAGUACUGCAGACACAAGGAGUGGGCCAUGAAUGUGGGGGACGAGAAGGGUUGCAUUCUUGACUCAGUGGUGUCUGAGGUAAACCCAGCCACUGUGUUGGAGCUGGGAACCUACUGUGGCUAUUCCACGGUGCGAAUCGCCAGCCUGCUCCCCCCUCACGCCAAACUCAUCACUCUUGAAUUUAACCCUGACUUUGCUGCAAUUGCUCGUCAGGUCAUUGCUUGGGCAGGACUGGAGGGAAAGGUCCAGUUAGUUGAAGGAGCAUCUGGGGACUGGAUCCCCAAAAUGAAGGAGCAGUUUGGGAUUAAAACAUUUGAUUUGGUUUUCCUGGAUCACUGGAAGGAUCGCUACCUUCCUGACACCAAACUGAUGGAGGAGUGUGGCCUCCUCAGGAAAGGCAGCAUUCUGCUGGCAGACAACGUCAUCUGCCCUGGUACCCCUGAAUACCUGGAGUACAUCCGUAACAGCCCACGGUACGAAAGCCGGUACUUCAAAUCUCACCUGGAGUACACCAAAGUGGAGGAUGGCUUGGAGAAGUCUGUCUUCUUAGGGUAGAUUUUAACAUGUGGUGUCAGGUUUUACACAGGUAUUAUUAAACCUCAGACCUCUGUUGUCUUGGUUUCAGAGAAGACGUAAGUCAGGAGUUAAAUCUGGUUUUGUAGCACAUCACAGAGCGUGUAAUCUUGAAAUAAAAGGUAAUGUGGAGGGAAAAUAAAUAAUUUUUGCUGUGUGCUUUAUAACGCCAAAUGAUGCAAGUUGAUACACUCUUUGAGAUGUCUACACAUACUGGUACAGUAGGUGGCGGUAGUGAUACUAUAUUGAAGCUCCUAAUUGACAGAUGACGAGCUGCAAACUGAUCCUGGGGGCUGCUUUUCCCAGAGCAUCA